AUACACGUGUUCGAUUCUAAUCUGUUUCUCCUUCAGGUUCCUACAGCAGGGCGAUACCUGUACAGAACCCGUCCCUGCGUCUUGACCCGGAGGUGCCAUGGCAACAGACAGCAACAGACUUGGAGACACCACGGCCACAGAGACAGCCACCAGAUUGGUGCACCGAAACAUUAACAACACCAACAGCACUGUCUCCAAUGGAGAGGUCACUAACCGUGCGGAGAAGCACGCUGAGGAUUUGAUACAGUGGAAGAGGCAUGCGGAGCAAAUUAAGAGUAAGGUGCUGGACCAGAUUCAGGGGCAACUUAGUGACCUGCUAGACAAGGCCCUGACUGAAUCUGUCCAGACAUUCACACAGAACGGGAACCACGGCAACAACCACGUCACCAGGGACGGGACAGUCACCACCACUAACAACAACGACCACUCACACAGAACCCACACGGAAAAGAAUGGAAAAGUAUUUAUGGACAGACGCUCCAUUCUAGAUGAUCUGUUUGAGAUCAACCACAUCCGGACCAUCUACCACAUGUUCAUCUCAGUGCUCUUCCUCUUCAUCAUCAGCACACUGGCUGUGGACUACAUCGACCAGGGCAGGCUGGUGCUGGAGUUUGACCUGUUGUCCUAUGCCUUUGGGAAACUACAUAUAGUAGCUUUGGCCUGGCUGUUGAUGUUCAGCUACACGUUGGCCGUGCCCUACUAUGCCCUGGCUCUCUGGGGGACUCUCUACCAUCGCAGCCCGGUACAGGGGGUACUGUCGGUGGGCGCUGGGCUGGUGCUCUCCGUCUUGCAGGCCGCUGUACUGGGGAUUCUCCCUGUAUACGUGGUGUUUCACUACCAGCUGCCUCCAGCCUCACGAUUCAUCAUCAUAUUGGAACAGAUCCGUUUCCUGAUGAAAAGCUACUCUUUCAUCCGAGAGAAUGUCCCAGUCAUCCUAAAACACAAGACAAAGGAAGGAGAGGGCCCCAGGGGAGAGGGUCCCAGGGGAGAGGGCCCCAGGAGAGAGGGUCCCAGGUUCCCAACGUUCUCGAGCUACCUCUAUUUCCUCUUUGCUCCCACCCUCAUCUACAGAGAGUCUUACCCCAGAAACCCACACAUUAGAUGGAACUAUGUUGGCGUAACGUUUGCUAAGAUUCUGGGCUGUCUUUUCUAUGGUUACUUUAUCCUGGUGAGACUGUGCAUCCCUGUCUUCAUGAAUGACAGCAACACGCCUUUCAGCACCAGAACACUGGUCCUGGCCUUGUUCCAUGCUACACUUCCAGGUAUGUUAUUGCUACUGCUGGCGUUCUUUGCCUUCCUCCACUGCUGGCUAAACGCCUUCGCUGAGAUGCUAUGCUUUGCAGACAGGAUGUUCUAUAAGGACUGGUGGAACUCGACAUCGUUUGCCAAUUACUACAGGACCUGGAACGUGGUGGUUCAUGACUGGCUUUACUACUAUGGAUACAGAGAUUUUCUCUGGUUGUCCAGAAGGAAGUUCGUACGGCAGCCAUGUUGUCAGUGUUUCGCCGUGUCGGCCUUGGUCCAUGAAUAUGUCUUCACCCUGGGCUUCGGAUUCUUCUACCCAGUAAUGUUCUGUCUCUUCGCUUUCUUCGGAGUGGCGUUCAACUUCACUCUGAACGACAAGAGGAAGAGUCCUGUGUGGAACAUCAUGAUGUGGACCUGUCUGUUCAUUGGCCAAGGGGUCAUGGUGUGUCUGUACUGCCAGGAGUGGUACGCCCAGAUACACUGUCCUCGCACUGGGGAUAGCUUCUGGGAGUUGGUGACACCCCGAUCCUGGUCCUGCAGCAACUAGGUCUGAACCUACGUCAUUGAGUUGCCUGCCUCAUCCAGGGAUUGAGACAUGGGCUGAGUCUCAAUAGUAAUCCCAGCUGUUCAACCCUCCACUUUGAACUUGGUAUCAGAGGACAAACCCAGCUUGUAAAACCUUGCCUUUGAUCCUUGGCUAAAACAGACGCCCUUUGAGAGUGUGAUUCGUUGAUAGAAUCCUGUCAGGAAACAAGAUCUAAAGGUGGAAUAUAAACAAGAGGUAGUAGUAGUAGAAAACGUGCUUACUGUUUGGAUGGAACAUGUAUGGAUGGAUUGUGUAUCUAUGGAUGUGUUUAACUAUAGUAGUGGGGACCAAAGGUCCUCACAAGAAUAGUAAACAAAAAAACAUUUUGAUCAACURGGGAUAUUUUGUUAGUCCCCACAAGGUCAAAUG